GACACUCCUUGUCUCCUUGCAGCCUGUGAAGAUGGAGGCAGGGCAGGAACUUCAUCUCUACAUCAGCUUUAACCCAGCUUAUGAAAAGGAUCCGAUCAGCUGGGUAGCAGAGAAGACUAUGAAGAUCCGGCUUGUGGAACAUCCUUACGAGGAAGAGAUCACCGUUCGGGGAGAGGUCUACUUCCCGAAUCUCCGUAUCCGGACCAAAGCAUUCGACUUCGGUUGCAUCGUGAGUGGCUCAGAGGACGUGCGUUACCUGGAGAUGACCAACUGCAGCCCCAUUCCUGCCCACUACCACUGGUCAUUCCAGGUGGACAGCAGGAAGUACCCAACAGGGUUCAUACCUUCCCCACCUACCUCCAAACGCCAACCACAAAUGUUCACGUUCGGCUGUGAUGAGUGUGGGCGGUAUUCAAGGAGGUACUUCAGGCCUGGCAGUGUGCAGAAGCCAGCCAAAGCCCCGGAAGCAGCGCAGGACUCUUCCCCACAGUCAGCACACUGCCAGGAAACAGAAGAGGGUUCUUCCCAAAAGAUAUCAAAGAACUGCGUGGAAACAGAAGAGGAUUCUUCUGAAGAGUCAUCAGAUUCAGAGUACUCCUUGGAAUCAGGGCAAGAUUCUUCCCUACAGUCAUCAGAGUCAGAGAACUGUGUGGAAACAGACCAGGAUUCUUCUGAAGAGUCAUCAGAUUCAGAGGACUCCCUGGACACAGAGGACGAUUCUCCUGAACAGUCAUCACCAGAGAAGUCCCCGGAAAGAAAGCAGGACUCUUCCCAGAAGUCAUCUCAUUCAGAAGACUCCCCGGAAGCAAAGGUGCCACCAUCCACUGCUGCAGGGCCUCAGAGCUCAGCAGAGACGGAGGAGUCUGGGCAGUCAGAGGAGGCAAAGCCCCCUGGCUUCAGAGCGGAGGAG